UACUAUGUCUAUGUGGUCUCGAGUCCAUGAAGGCGAGUGUGCCCCGCAUCGCAUUAACAGUGCGGCGUCCGCCACCGUUCUCUCGCCGCCGAUCUCCAAUUCGCUCCGGCGUUAAUAACCGGGCGCUGACUUCUUUGCCUCAUCUCCCCUCACUGACACUACGCUCACCUUAUCUAAUUGGGUUUAUCAGAGCGCGAUGGCAGAGCUCGGAUUUUGUGGAAGCCCGCAGUUUUGUUUCUCCAUCAUCUGAGUUCUUACAUCGUGUUUUGCUUGUCUGGUCGUGGUAGAGAUUGGUUUCAGCGUGCCACGGAUGAGUGGAUUAUAAUUGCUGGGUUUACCUGAAACCUCGAUGUUUUUCUUCUCCGGAAAGGUUAGGUUCAAUGAUUUGCUCGUAUUCUAGAUCAAGGAGUUCCCUUCCUUUUCGAAAUGAUAGAACGCGUGUUCCUUCUCAGCAAUUCAGGUGAUUCCUCGCCAUGAGAAGCUUCCUCUCCUGAUUCCUGCGGAGCAAAUUGUAGCAUGAGUCUUCCGUCAGAGCCUUCCCGUACUGCUCUCCAAGUGUUUGUGUAAAUGCCACCAAGCUACCUCUACCUGAGGCAGCUCCACGCCUCGCUUAUAUACAAGGAGUCGCACGACGUAUCACAGUGGAAUCGGUUGUUUAGAGACUACCUUUCCCGUGGUUUUCCCAAGGAAGCGCUCCUUGUCUACAGCCGGAAUCUCCCUGAUAGAAUCCACCAGCCCAUCCUGCCUCUAGUGCUCAAGGCAUGCGCCUCACUCUCCUUGGUCUCCUUUGCGCGAUCUUUGCAUGCAGAGUCUGUGAAGAUUGGGAUUAACCAUGAGCUGUUGGUUGGAACCACCUUUGUUUCUGUGUACUCUAAAUUCUAUAGAACAUAUGACGCCAGAAAGAUGUUUGAUGAAAUGCCUGAGAAGAACGCCGUGACCUUUAGCGCGAUGAUUAGCGGGUAUUCGAUGAGGGGUGACAUGGAGUCUGCUUUGGAACUCCUGAGGUGGUUGCCUGAAAGGACUCCGACAAUCUGGGCUCUGUUGAUUGAGGGCUUUAUGAAGACUGGUGAUGUCAUGGCUGCGAGGUGCUUGUUUGACCGGGUUCCAGAGAAGUCAAGGACGGUCAUCACGUGGACUGUAAUGGUCCAUGGUUACACUGUGAAUGGCGAUUUGGAGGCAGCAAGAGCGUUGUUUGACCAGAUGUCUGUGAAGAAUGUGUUUGUGUGGUCAUCCAUGAUCACUGGUUACUUUAAGAAGGGCGACAGCAAGGAGGCUCAGUCUCUUUUUGAGCAAAUUCCUGUGCGGAAUUUGGUGAAUUGGAAUGCUUUGAUUGCAGGUUACACACAGAUCGGUUGCUGCGAGAAGGCAUUGGAAGCUUUUGACCAAAUGCAAAAGGACGGGUUCCAACCUGAUGAGUUCACCAUUGCUAGCUUGUUGUCAGCCUGCGGGCAGCUUGGUUCUUUGCAUCACGGAAAGAUGAUCCAUAAGAUAAUCAAGAGGAGUGGAAUUAAGAUGAAUCACUUUGUCCUUAAUGGGCUGAUCGAUAUGUAUGCAAAGUGUGGGAAUCUUGAGCGAGCAAGGAGCAUAUUCAACGGGAUGAACAAAAGGAACACAGUGUGCUGGAAUUCAAUGAUUUCAGGCCUUGCAAUUCACGGCAAAAGCAAAGAAGCGCUUGAGCUUUUCACUGCCAUGGAGUCAUCAGAAGAAAAGCCUAAUGCCAUCACCUUUCUUGUUCUUCUUUCAGCCUGCACGCAUGCGGAUUUUGUCAAGGAAGGACUAGAAAUCUUUGCAAAAAUGGACAAGUAUGGAUUGGCUGUAGGAGUAGAGCAUUACGGAUGCUUGAUAGAUCUUUUAGGAAGAGCAGGAAGACUGGCUGAAGCUUAUGAUAUGAUACAAAAGAUGCCAGUAGCACCCAAUGAAGUGAUAUGGGGAGCAUUGCUUGGUGCUUGCAAAGUUCACAUGGACGUUGAGAUGGCUGCCAAGGUGAUGCUUCAGUUAGAACCAUUGCACUCAGUUGCUCGAUGCGAUGCACCAUAUGUGAUUAUAUCGAAUAUUUAUGCUGCUUCAGAGAAAUGGCAAGAAGCAGAGAGGAUGAGAAGGGUAAUGCAGGAUAAGGGAUUUCAAAAGUUUCCUGGGUGCAGUUCAGUAGUUGUGGCAGAUAAAGAGCACCAGUUCUACUCUGGUGCCAUUGGGGAAUCUCGCAUGCUUCAAGCUGUAGGACUCUGAGCAUGAAGCUCUUUUUCUUCUCCAGAAAGGUUAGGUUCAAUGAUUUGCUCGUAUUCUAGAUCAAGGAGUUCCCUUCCUUUUCGAAAAGGCUGAUAAACAUCGAUUGAACUUCUAAGACAAGUACUCAAAGUUGUAUUGGAACAAUCAUCUAAUUCACCCUUUGUCGUGCCAUGGAUGCCAGGCAUAGCAGCAUGCUCUUCUUGAUGUUAGUAACACUUGCAGGAAGAAAAAUUUAGCCAUUUUACAAGAUUGACUAUUUCUCACAAUGCUUCCAGGAUUUUUUAGGAGUGAUGGUGAGAUUUCAUAUCUUUAUUCUAUACAUCCUUGUAAAUUUAACAACGGCAUCUGUUCUCAUUAGCGAAUCAGUUCUGGGCUCCAGACUUUGCUUCUCAAUUUGCAAAA